AUGGACUCAUUGCGUAGAUUUGGCUCGACGGUGAACGAGUUUUGGCGAGGUGUGGUGGAAUGGAGGAGCCCCGCCUCUGCACCAUAUCUGAUGCUUGUGAACAUGGCAUUUUGGUCCAUAGCUUUGUACUGCUCAGAACUGGUACAGCUACGCCUAUUACUGUCGUUGGCGGCCGGUGUGGUUGGAUGGGAUAUUUUGUUAUCACCAACACAUGAACGAAGUAUAGCGACACAUGUGGCAUUGUGGCCUGUCCAGUCUAUUUGGAGGACCUUGUCAGUUUGCGGAUGUAUCUACAGUUCACAUCAGCUGCAAUUACAACAACUGGAAAGCGCAUGCAUAGCUGCGUAUGCUACAGUUGGUUGCCUUCUCGUGAGUCCUGUAUGGAAUUACUACGAAGUUAACCAGAAAAUAGCGAAUGGGGCUAUCUGUUGCGGGAAGAUGUCAGCUAAUGCAGCUAAGGUGGUCAUAGUGCAUCCACUACUCCAGGUUUAUCAAGUAGUCAAGUAUGUGGUGUUGUUGCAGUUUGUUCCGCCUCUUUGGCGAUGUUUCAAGUCGGGUGUGAUCAAAAUUGGAAUUGCGACCAAAAAUGGUACAAAUUACGUCGCAACCGGUAUCAAAAAUGGUAUUAGCUACGUCGUAACGUCCAUCAAGAAUGGGAUUGUUUACGUACUGUCAUCUAUCAAGAAUGGUGUUGUUUACGUCGUGACGGCGAUCAAGAACGGCAUCAUAUACAUCGUGGUUGGAAUUAAGAAUUCAAUCGUUGCCACAUUCAAUUUAAUCAAGAACGCUAUCCGAGCCACCAUGAACUUUUUCAAGAAUCUCUUCAUUCGGAUACGAACAUGGAUUUCAAUGAGGAUUAUAGAACCGACAAAGAAUUGCAUCUAUGCAAUCGGACGUUGGUUAAGGUACUGGUUUUGUGCUCAUUGGUGGCCUGACCUUAAACAGUGGAUUAAAAUCAGGAUAGGCGAACCUUUACGACGCGCCUUCAACUAUUUCUGUUACGGCCUCGUCUAUAUCGUCUGUGGUCGUUGGAUUCCGUCGCUGAAGACGUGGUUGGGGUCAUGUCUUCAAACGUUCAGGGACUUUAUAGUGGCCCAAAUGCGUCGACUUGGUGGCUUUUUGCAUAGAACUAUCGUUGUGCCCACCAAAAACUACUUCCGGCGAAAAUUCGAGGAAUUUCGAUUAUGGCUGCGCCACUUUUUGCAUCGUGUGGCUGUAGCUAUUCGCGAUUCAAUUCUAUGGCCUAUUUGCGUGCUUGUUGUCGAUGCUGGUCGCGAGCUGUCGUUGUUAAUGUAUCGGAUCUUACUCAAGCCAAUCCUGGAUUAUUUCUAUCAACGUUAUAAAAUCGUCGAAACGGCUAUACUGAUCAAUUUUUUGGGUCCGGUGUGUGAUACGAUUGUGAAGAACAUCCCGGAAAAGAGCCCGUUCUGCGACGACAGCGACGUCGAACUUGAAGGGAUGCUUCCAGAGGAAAUUACCGAGGAGAUUGAACACGCAGUAGUAGAAGGUAGUGAAGGAGAAGACUCUCUAGCAGAUUUAGAACCCCUGUCUCCUCUCGACGAAGAGGAACACGACUUCCACAGCGGUCUAGCAUUCCCCACUAUUCAUGCAUCAGAAUCCAGUGAUGACGAGUUUGAUCUAAACGUUCAGAGAAAAGAGGCAAAACGCCGAAAGCGAAAAGAACGCGAAACGGCGGACGUUGGUGCCGCGCCUGAAAUGCCGGCACCCGAGUCAUCGCAGCGACGUCGCACCGGCGGAGCGCAAUCGUUUGAUGAGGAAUUCGAAUUGUUACAGUGA